UAUCCGGUACGCAGGUUACGUGUUGUUUUAUCGAGAUAUUACUUUGAUGAAGUUAGGUUGGACUAGACCAACAAUCAGUUUGACAAUUGACAGGUCAUUCUACCAACCAGACUGUGCAUGCAUGGAAACAACUUGGAUAUCUUAUUUUAGUGUUGCUUUAAAUUCCAUUACUUUUGAAUUGGACUAAUCAAUUACUAAGACCAGGAUGGAUUUUUGGUCUCUGUAUCUCUUGAUAUUAGUCUCUGUGAUAAGUCUUUCAUCAAGCAAAGCACAGGAAGGAAGAUGCACAAAGAGAAUCAGUCGAGUCGUCUUUUACACCGAGACCUUCUCCAAAUCAUCUACACAGAAAUACUACGAGAAAUGCGGCUUCCUAAACCUUUUUAAUUGUGCUCGAUACAGAACUGUGUAUUCUGUGGGUUCAAGGCGGCUCAGCAGAGUUGGUUAUACUACUGGUUACGAAUGCUGCCCUGGUUGGAUAACAGAAGGAUCGAAUUGUUUACCAACUCAACCACCGACUACGAAAGCAGUUACAACUACUGCCAUACCGAUCGCGACGGAAGCGACGACGAUCACCACUAUCAACAGUAACACACCCACCACCACGACACCACCGUCAUCUUCACCACUUCUUACAACUAAUCGUAACAACGGCGACACUCAGCGACACGCUCGUUCCCGUACACCGACCACCGACUCUCCGAGCAACAGCAUCGAAACCUCAACCGAAUUCGUUGGAGGGCCACGAGGUUCGACCAGCCUGCUGUCGAAUAGGUCGAUGAUGAUGGGUAUUUCCGUGGUCGCUGUAAUCGUGUUCUUGGCGAUGUCGAUUGGCGGGGUCGUCUGCGGCGUCAGGAGGCUGUGCCCGAAGAAGAAGCCCGCUGAAAGGAGUGAGAGUGAGCUUCCAACGAGCAGAGAAACUGAAGCCUCCAGGGUGAUGAAUGGUACAGUUCCAAGUGCAAGUAAAGAUGUUGGGGCUCGGCCAAAACUCAAACAAAAGAUGAAGGGUCACAAGGGUAAACUGACAGCCGCUUCAAAUCCUGGAUAUGACCUCAUGGACCCUGAUAAUUUUACACAGGAAAGUUCUUACGAAGCUAUCGACCCCGAAGAAGGACCCCUGAAACCUCACAAAUAUCAAACUGACGCAAAAGGAUUUGAGCGAGUAAGGAUGUCCGAUUUGACGCAUUCGCGUGCGACACGCCUGCAAACUAGCCCAGAGAAGGGCCGACGCCCAAGUGCACCACCCGCGGUUAUUGACAACGACUAUACAACCUUUACAGACGAAAUCAGAACGCCUCCUGAACCAGCUCCUAGGAAUCCACCUUCUGAUAAUCUUAAGAUGGAUGAAUCUAAAAUCGAAAAAAGAAAACCCCUUCCUAAGCCCAAGCCUUUACCGAAAGCCAGGAGAAAUCUGCAGCCUGGUUCAGGUUCGUUAAACACAAGUGCACCGCCCUCUGCGUCAAACCAUCUGAUUGCACCUUCUACGGUAACGGCACAAUACCUGGACAUGUCAAAGGGACAGUCUCCCUCAUUUGCAAAUGCAGAACUAAGCAGCUGUGAGAAGGAAAGUUCAUCACCAAGGAAGCAAGGUAUAAUAAAGUUUCCUUCCUUUGAAGAAAGUCGUAAAGCCUCCGUUGAGGACUGUUCUGAGGGAUUCAAAACCAACAUGCCAAGACCCUCAAUCGGUAAUAUGAAUUUGUAUGACCAUGUUGGUGAAAGUAGGUCAGAGCCAUCAUCACGACGGGGCAGUGAUGCCAAGCAUGCCUUUCCAACGCAAGGAAUGUAUGUUCCCCCUGGAGAUCUAUCUCCCGCAGUUACAAAGAAGCUUACGCAUGCCGCCGAUGACAAAACGACUUGCACAUACGUGGUUGGGGAUCAGGUUCCAGGAGUUCCUCCUCGCUCCCCGCUAUUCAGUGACAGUUAUGACCUUGUGGGUAUAAAGGGAUGUAAUGACCUUGGGAUCGAACAUGACCCAGUCAAUGAACUCAGCCCCUAUGAUGUUGUUGUUACGCCAGAGAAUAGAAGAAAGAAGACCAAACCAGACAUCAUGAAAUCUGGUUAUGCUAUUCCUCGCCAAGAUAGCGGCGAUCAGGACAAUUAUUACGAAAACCAUAGGCGCUCGACGGCAUCAUUGCCGAAUAGCAACCGAAAACUCUCCCUCCCGGUCCAGCCGUACGGGGACGAAGACGUCUACGACUUCGUAGAAGUUAAAGACUCACAUUCGAUGACUACAGGUAGACCUCCUAAGGUUGCCCCGAAGAAACCAACCGUCACGACUGGUUUGGAGUCACAGACAACCAAAACAGCAAUUGAGAGGAGUCGCUCUGGUCCUUCUUUAUUCAGAUCCGCAGAAUUGGAUUCAAUGUACAUGAACACCUCUAGGUUUUGAAACUGUCAUUCCUCAAGGACUGCUAAGUCAUCCAGAAGCAUUCUAUGAUGUAGAUAUCAGAGGGGAUAUUAAGUGUGAGAGCCAGCAGGUCCCAUGGCGUGGAAGGGGUUAACCCAUGUCAUCAUGCCAUUGUAUGAAUAUAAUGAAAUCCAGAAAUAGAUACGAUGGAAUAUUCAUCGUGAAAGCUUACCGAGGCUAGUCAGGAAGGCCAUUCUUUGUUAAGCCAAAGUAGGUUGGUCAAAGUUAUCAUCCUUUUUUUCAUCCUGACUGCAUGGAUUGAUCUAGUGUACGGACAUCACCAAUGAUGCAUUGGUUCAUCCCACUUGAUCAACGACAGUGUACUAUUGAGGUCAUAUAUCUGAUAGGUCAUUGUUGCAAAGGUUUUCAAAUCAAUAUUUUCCCUGUGGUAUGAAUACCGACCUUGUCAACGAAAUCAUUUUAUCUAGUCUGCACAAAAAAGUGGAAUGCAUUUGUGUUAUUUACUCUCAGUAACCGUGGAAUCUAAAAUGCAUUUUUAAAGAGUAUUUAGAAAUGAAGAUGAAUUCUUCAUUAUCACACAAUCAAAUAAAAUUAGUGUUUAUUGCUAUUACACAUAAGGCAAAGCUACGAUAUGAUUUCCUUUGUUUUUCGUUUCCUUGGUUAGUUCAAUUUACAUAUUUUAAGAAAAUAUAUAUUUAUCUCUAAUUAAGAUCUAACAAAACGUUUGACUUGUGCUAUAUGGAAAUGCAAUCUUAUCAUUUAAAUUUUAUGAUAUGAUUUAGUUGAUAAAAACAAAACAUGUUAAGGGGUGGAAGACUUUGCAAAACUGUUACCUAGCACCUGAAUCUCGCAGCAUAUGAUACAUGAACUCAGUGUACUUUUAAAUCUAUAUUAUAAGUAAAGACCGGCUGGUACGGUGUUUGUAUAACUAAAUAUAAAGUACCUUAUAUCUUUCGAUUAAUGGUAAUGAGAUUUUUAACUCUAUUGUAAUCAUCGAGCGAGCAAUUAAUUUUCGCCCAGGCUUGCUCAAUAAUAAUGAUUAAUUUUACCGAGGCUCCAACGGGAUCGUACAAGUAUGAAAUAAUGUAUUGUGUGAUUAGGACAAUAUAAAGUGGUGUUGAGACAGAGGUAGAGACAGCCAGUUAAGAGAGAGAGAUGGGGGGGGGGGAGGGGUGAAGAGCGAGAAAAGAGAAAUGGGUUGUAUUAACAAUCAAGUUAUAUUAUUCAUCAAAUAAAGAUAAACACUUAAAUUGAAAAGCAAUACAGUACUGAGUAUAUACAUGAUAAUAGGGGCCACGCAUUUAGUUAGAACAAAAUGAAGGCAAGAAAACAGACUAUUACCAUGAUUACAAUGCAAAAAAGAGAUAUAUUACCAUAACCCUGCAUAAUGUACUAUAUUAUACAUUCCAUACCUAUUGUGUUGUACCGUUCAUAAUAGCAUGACUAUAAGUUUCAAGUUUAUUUAUUCAAAACCAAAAACAUCACAUCAUAAUAAAAAUAGAUGUACAUACAACGUAAAUGAGUACAUGAACAUACAUCAAUCAGACUAUAGCAUAUACGAAUUGGUUUUAGGACCCCUUUAAAAGCAAAGCUUGUGAGUAGGGCCCUGGAAUACUUAUGAUUAUUAACAUAAAACAUAGGAUAUACUAAUCUACAAGAUACAAAGGAGAGAAAAAAAAUGUAUAAUAAGGUUAAGAUGCUAAAAAUAGAAUGGAAAAAACUAUUACAAACACACAUAUAUACACAAACCCACACACACACAACCACAUCCACCCACACACACACAUGCUAAACAUAGAUUCUGAGUAGGUCAUCAACUUAAAUGCAAAUACAUUAACUUAAACACAUAUUGAAGGAAAAUAAUUAAAAUCUGUCAAGAAAAUAAGUUUUGGAUAAUCUUUGGAACAUGAAAAGAGUUUUACUAUUUUUUAUAUCAACAGGAAAAUUGUUCCACUCUUUAAUACAUGUUAUAUGAAAGGAGGUUAGAGUGACAUUAUUUUGUUCUCGCAAAUGGCUGACGAAUAAGAUCCUUUUGACGUGUAUUAUAAUUAUGUAUUUUUGAAUUCUGAAGAAAUAUUUUUUUUAAGGUAUAAAAAAGUAAAAGUACCAAAAUUUUGUAACAUGGCAACGGAAAACUUUUUUGCUUUUUUUAAAUUCAGUAUUAGAUCAGAAUGGAAAAGCAAACCAUGCAUAAAGUACUAUCGUACAGAUAUGAGGGGCAUUGGGAGCCAAGAAUAAAAAAAAUACAUAUAUACCGACCAAGAAAAAAAGGAGGAAAACUAAAGAAAAGGACGGGGAAAAUGGUGACACCUUGUGGUAUUAUUUUCUGAUCGUCUAUUACAAAAAUAGGAUUUUUGUAUCCAUAAUGUAAAAAAUGUACAUAUUCUUAAUCGCUUCGCAGCUUCUUAGAUUUGUUUAAACAUAAUAUAUGCCAGGUCUAGUCCCCUCAAUUAUUUUUUGGCUCAAUAUGCAAUUUAACGACAUAACACUGGUAUAAAUUACUUGAUAGUAGUUAGAUUAUCAACUUAAUUGCUGGCAAUUUGUUGAUAGGCAUGUAUACAUGAAUAUUAAAUAUGAAUGGACUUGUCUCAUAUUUGAUUUGCAUCGAUAAAAAGUUAAUUUUUAUUUCAUCGAUAAAAAGUUACUUUUGUUCCUUCGUCAAAAAUACAGACAUUUUUUGUAAUAAGAAAUUCAGAUUCUGUUUCUAUUUCGUACACACUAUUCAGGGGCCCGUUGCAGAAAGAGUUGCAAUCAA